GAAUGUCUUUUACCACUUUGCUUUUAUAGCGUCGGCAUUGGAUCAGCUUACAUUUCUAUAAAUACAAAGUCUUUGUAAAACAAUUACACACAUCCCAUAAGCAAUUAGCUGCAAGAUCUGCAAGACUUUCAGUUAAUUAAUUGUGCCCACUAUAUUAUCCCAAGUUCAAAGGCAAAUCAUGGAUGCUCUUAAGAAAGUAAUCCCCCAAGGUGGCGAAACCAAGGUCCAACACCAGGAAAAAGGUUUGAUGGAGAAGGCUGGAGAUGCUGCGCAGUCUGCCCAGAAAACAGCGCAAGGGGAAAAAGGUUUGAUGGAGAAGGCUGGAGAUGCUGCGCAGUCUGCCCAGAAAACAGCGCAAGGGGUGGGGGAGCAAGUGAAGACCUCAACGCUAGGAGCAGUUGAUGCCGUUAAAAACGCCACUGGCAUGAACAAAUGAACCACGUUAAUUUGUACCAUGUUAUGACGAUUGUGUUUCUUCUACUUUACGCUAUGUCCAAUUAUGUUGCUUAGGUUUGAACUCUUGUUUGAGUCUGAAUCAAUAAUAUUGUAAUAAUGUUUCUUUUAAUUAAGUAGUUUUCCUACUUGCAUUUGAACACUUUUGCAGUAUAUAUGUGAUUCAACUCCAGGUUUAUGUA